ACCAGAAUGGAGGGCACCUGCAGGUACUGCAAGAAGGUCGGACAUCCUUGGUUCAAGUGCUUCAGCAGGCCGGAGGGAUGGGCACCUCCAGGCAUGUAGCCGCCAAAUGGUGAACGCGCACAAGGUGGCGCUGUGCAAGGCUCAGGUGCACAAGGUGAAGGUGCACAAGGUAAUACCUAUCCUGGGAUGUUUCUCAUGGUUGAGGAUGUGCAUGGGCAUGAGGGUGAUGUGGGAUCUGUAGGAAAGGUUGUGAUGCACCCUCUCACGCACUGGGUGAUUGAUUCAGGUUGCACCAGUCACAUGACCCCACGGGCAGAUAUGCUUGAUGAGGUAAAACCCCCUGGAAAGAUUAAGUAUGUGGCAGCAGCGUCAGGUGUUUUGCUCCCUGUGAUUGGUGUUGGGAAUGCCAAGGUUAAGGGAGCUAAUGGGGAGCUUAAGAGCAAGGCCGAAGUGACCUUUGGACCAACCAGCUGCCGUGCUAAGCUUGGGAAGAAGGUGCUGUGGAGUCUGAAAGAGGAGACCAGCUGCAUCAAGGACCUGUGGCAGCUGCCCAUCAUCCUUUGGAAUGGGCAAAAUCCAACAGCAGCAACGGCAACAGCGGCAAAGGCAACAGCAGGAGGAGAUGCAACUGCACCAACUGAUGGGGUCCUGGAAGCAGUUAAGAAAGUGCAGCAGCAGCAGACACAUGGUGAGGUGCUUGCUGGUGUGGAUGCGAGUGCGGCAUGGGCUAAGGCUUCAUCAAGGGGUGGAGAGGCCGAUUGGGAGACAUGGCAUGAGAGGCUGUGUCAUGUGAACUUCCCUAUGCUGCAGAAAUUGGUGAAGGACGGGAGCCUGAAGGGCUUGGAGGUCAAGGGAGGAGUGAAGGAGAUUGGGAGCUGCCCUACAUGCUUGGAGACCAAGUUCUCCAAGUUCCCCUUCAACAGCACUACAGGACCAGCCAAGACCCCACUUGCACUUGUGCACAUGGAUGUGGUGGGGCCCACAAGAGCCCCUUCCCUCUCAGGCAACCGCUAUUUCUUGACAAUUGUGGAUGACCACACUCGGGCAGUGUGGGUUUACCCUUUGAAGAGCAAAGGGGAGGUGGCAGCGGCUGUCCUUAAGGAGUGGAUGCCUAGAGCUCAGAGGGAAUGCGGACACAAGGUGAAGGUGAUCCGCAGUGAUAAUGGUGGGGAGUUCAUUGGAGCUGAUUUUGAGGGGGAGUUGAAGAGGAAGGGGAUCCAACAUCAAUUGACAGUGCCCUACAACGCGCAGCAGAAUGGCGUGGCUGAGAGGUUCAACAGGACCCUGUAGGAGGGGGCACGCACUCUCCUUGGGCGUGCAGGGCUGCCUGAUCCGUUUUGGGUGUCUGCAC